AUGGCAGAGGCUUUGGCAAUACGAGAGGCUUUAUGGAAGUGCAAGGAGCUUGGAAUUACAAGAAUCAGACUUGAAUCAGACUCAGCAGGGCUGAUCAAGGCGCUCAAUGCAAGGACCUCCCUCAACGGACUCUAUGGGGUUUUGGCUGAUAUUAUAUCAGUGAGAAAUGUAGAAGCUGAUAUGCUUGCAAAACAGAUCUUGGCUGUUGAACUAGCUUUAAUGGCUCCACCUACUUUGGUCUGA